UUAAUUGCGUCAGGCAACCAACAAUCCUGAUAGGUAGUUGGACUCAGCUACUUGUGGUGGUCGCCUGAUGGCCACCGAAGCCAACACAGAAACACCAUUUCUCGGCGAAAUCAUUGAAGGCUUGGUGGACUAUAAGGUGACCCCAGCCAAAUCCGGUGGAUGGAAAUCCGCAUUCUUCAUCAUUGGGAGUCCGGUGCACAAAGCAUUCUGUAUUAGCGGGGUAGCCUAUCGUAAUGCAAGCAUUAGAUGGCUGCUUCCACAUCAAGGACCCUAGAUAAUUCGGGGCGUCAUUUUUGGCGUUGUAAAGUGCCCGAAGAUAUGGGCGGUUGCAAACAUUUUAGUUGGGAAGAUAGCAUUCCCGUGGAUAAAAUGGUGGCGGCGAAGAUUAAAAAGCCUCCUGUUGAUAGAGAUACCCCGACCUCACGUAUCACUAGAGAUACCGUGAAGUUUGACUUGCAGUUUAAGCUUAUGGAAGCUAAAAACAAAAUUGAUCUUUUGGAGGUCUUGCUAAAAGAAUCCAAAGAAAAACAAAGUUUUUUCAAGGCUAACCUUAGAGACACUCAACACGAGAAAAAUGCUUUGAAAGAAAAACUGAAAUUUUGGAAGAUUAUUUCUGCUAUGUUGAUGUUGUUUAUUAUUUCUAUGUAUUUUGCUUAUUAAGUUUAAUAUUUCUAUGUAUUUUGUUUUUCUAUGUAUUUUCUAUUUAGUUUGUUAUUUUUAUUUAUUUUGUUUUUACUAGUUGCACAUUUUCAUUUAUUAUAUAAUCCGCAUCCUUUAUGUACCAAUUUAUUUGUGUUGUUUUUUUUUUUUUUGAAUUGUGAAUUGUUGAACUUUUUAUGUAUUAUUAACUCUAAGAAGAUUAUAUAAAUUAAUAAUAGACUAUAAGAAUUAAAGCAAAUUAAAAACAUACUAAAAAUAUUCAAAUUGAUGACUUCACCAUAAACUAAAAAUACAAAUU